CAUUCAUCCUCAGGACACACAACUAAAAAAGCUAUCUCCAUUUAGCUUUUAACGUGCUCCAAUUUUUUUUCAUUUUGGUCUUGAGUCUCAAGUCGAACCAUUAUUAACCAGGAUGCCUAUGGAGACCGAAACAAAGCAAUCAGUAGAUAUAAUCUCUGAAACAAAGCAAUCAGGAGAUAUAAUCUCUGAAACAAAGCAAUCGGGAGAUAUAAUCUUUCGAUCAAAACUCCCUGAUAUUUAUAUCCCUAAUCAUCUACCGUUACAUUCUUAUUGUUUCGAAAACAUUUCGGAGUUUAGUUCCCGUCCUUGUUUAAUUGAUGGUGCAAAUGAACAAAUCUACACUUAUGCUGAAGUCGAACUCACUUCAAGAAAAGUCGCAGUUGGUCUUAACAAAUUGGGGAUCCAACAAAAGGACACCAUCAUGAUCCUGUUACCAAAUUCCCCUGAAUUUGUGUUUGCUUUUAUGGGCGCAUCGUAUCUUGGAGCCAUUUCUACAAUGGCUAAUCCUAUGUUUACUCCUGCAGAGGUUGUAAAGCAAGCCAAAGCCUCAAGUGCUAAGAUUAUAAUCACUCUAGCGUGUUAUGUGGGCAAAGUUAAGGACUAUGCAAUUGAAAAUGAUGUCAAGGUAAUUUGCAUUGAUACUGCACCAGAAGGCUGUCUCCAUUUCUCCGAAUUGACUCAAUCGAACGAACACGACAUUCCUGAGGUGAAAAUCCAGCCAGACGACGUCGUAGCUCUACCGUAUUCCUCAGGGACCACGGGGUUACCAAAAGGGGUGAUGUUAACACACAAAGGAUUAGUCACGAGUGUUGCACAACAAGUUGAUGGUGAAAAUGCCAACUUGUAUAUGCACAGUGAGGAUGUGUUGAUGUGUGUGUUGCCUUUGUUCCAUAUUUACUCCCUCAACUCUAUUUUGCUAUGUGGAUUGAGAGUCGGAGCAGCGAUAUUGAUUAUGCAAAAAUUCGACAUUGUUUCGUUUUUGGAGUUAAUACAAAAGUAUAAGGUGACCAUUGGGCCAUUUGUACCACCAAUUGUUCUGGCAAUUGCUAAGAGUCCGUUAGUUGAUGACUAUGAUCUUUCGUCAGUAAGAACAGUUAUGUCUGGUGGUGCUCCAUUAGGAAAGGAACUUGAAGACGCUGUCCGAACCAAAUUCCCUAACACUAAACUUGGUCAGGGUUAUGGAAUGACUGAAGCCGGGCCAGUGCUGGCAAUGUGUUUGGCUUUUGCAAAAGAACCUUUUGAGAUAAAAUCAGGUGCAUGUGGAACUGUCGUGAGAAAUGCUGAGAUGAAAAUUGUGGAUCCAGAUACGGGUUGCUCUCUGCCCCGUAACCAACCCGGCGAGAUUUGCAUUAGAGGUGACCAGAUCAUGAAAGGUUACCUGAAUGAUCCGGAGGCCACGACGAGAACAAUAGACAAAGAAGGAUGGUUACACACCGGCGACAUUGGGCUCAUCGACAAUGAUGACGAGCUUUUCAUUGUGGACCGGUUGAAAGAAUUGAUAAAAUAUAAAGGAUUUCAAGUGGCACCUGCCGAGCUUGAAGCUCUUCUAGUCAACCAUCCCAAUAUUUCUGAUGCUGCUGUUGUCCCAAUGAAAGAUGAGCAAGCAGGAGAAGUUCCAGUGGCUUUUGUUGUCAGGUCAAAUGGAUCCACAAUUACUGAGGAUGAAGUCAAGGAUUUCGUCUCGAAGCAGGUGAUAUUUUAUAAGAGAAUAAAGCGUGUAUUUUUCGUGGAGACAGUACCGAAAGCUCCGUCAGGAAAAAUUCUUAGAAAGGAUUUGAGAGCUAGAUUGGCUGCUGGUGUUCCAAAUUAAUUAAUUCCAAUGGGCUUGGUAUUUGAGAUACUAUAUGUUAUUUGAAUACCUUCAGUUCACCAAUAUGUUCGAUCAAUAUAAUUGCAAGUUUGGCAACGGGCGAAAUGUCUGUAAAUUGAUUUUAUAAGACUUAUUCAUUCAUCUUUUGACAUAUUUAUGUGAUGAUUUAUUGUGCCAA